AUGACCAGUUGUCGUGAUGUCACAGUUCACUGGACACGAUCACUUGUUGGCGGAUGCGGCAUCAAUCAUUUUCGAAGGUCGAUCACGCGCCGCGACAGUAAAUUGCAAAUGCAAUGGAAGACAAGGGAUUCUGCGACUUCGUCAAUUCGGUGUUGCCGAGCAGAACUCCACGGACAAACGGUUGGUGCGGGUAAAAGAGCGGAAACCUCAAGUGGUUCCUAUCUUUGGAAGAACGUAAACAAGGGAUCCAGGCUUUGUGAAUGGCGUUAUGGCGAUUCAGUAGCGGCGCAAUGA